AUGGAAGAACAAGAGGCCGCGACCUGCAGCAUUUACCCGGCCGUACUUCCGAGCAGCGGAGAGAUCUGGGCCCGGGUGCGAUACUUCCUGGAGGAGAGACUUCACAUCACCACGCUCACAGGUGCGGUGAUCUGGGCAGGUGUGGCCCUCUCGCUCAUCACUGUCGUGAUGCUCUUCAUUUACAGGAGACACAAGCCGGCUGAGGCGCAGAAGGCCGAUGCUCCUCAUUAUCGCUUCAGGAAGAGAGACAAGGUGCUCUUCUACGGUAGAAAGAUAAUGAGAAAGGUACAGACCCUGUCUUCUCCCUCCCCGGCUUCGAGCUCGGCUUCACGUCAGCGCCCCCGCAAGAGGACCAAAGUGAUGUCUCUGGCCCGUCGGAUCUUGCGGCUCCGGAGAGAACCGCCCAGCCUACUGCCCAAGGAGCCCCCUCCCUCGCUGCUGGAGGCUGACCUGACCGAGUUUGACGUGCAGAAGUCACACCUGCCCUCCGAGGUGCUCUACAUGCUGAAGAAUGUGAGGGUGCUCGGACACUUCGAGAAGCCCCUCUUCCUGGAGCUGUGCCGCCACAUGGUGUUCGUGGAGCUACAGCAGGGAGAAGCUCUCUUCCGGCCGGGGGACACCGACGACAGCAUCUACGUGGUGCAGGACGGCCACCUGGAGCUCUGCGUCCACAAGAGCGACGGCACGGAGACCGUGGUCAAGGACGUCCUGCCAGGAGACAGCGUCCACAGCCUGCUCAGCAUCCUGGACGUCAUCACGGGUUACCCAGCUCCCUAUAAGACCGUGUCGGCGCGGGCGGCUUCGCGGUCCACCGUCUUGCGCCUCCCAGCCACCGUGUUCCAGGCCGUCUUCGAGAAGUACCCAGAGACCCUGGUCCGGGUCAUCCAGGUGCAUCACAGCAUCAGUAUCAUCAUGGUGCGUCUGCAGAGAGUCACCUUCAUGGCUCUGCACAACUACCUUGGCCUGACCACGGAGCUCUUCAAUCCGGAGAGUCAGGCAAUCCCCCUGGUGUCGGUGAGCACCGUGAUCGGGGAAGGCGGUCCGGGGAGGACGCUGCGGAGACAGCAUUCCCAGCCUUCCCACUCUGAAGAGGAGUCCACCCCUGAUAAGGAGACCCCUGCAAACCCGGUUGUACACGAGACAGAGUGUCACCUCACCACAGAGGACGGCCUCUCCAGUCCUGCCGUCUCCAAGUCGAUCCUGAAGAAGAGUGUGACGAUGCAAGCCUGCCCCUCCGCCGCGAUGCACCACUCUGACAGCAGGGGGCACUACAGGGAGCAUCACGGCAAGGUCAACGCCAUCUUCCAGGCAGCUAAGAAGGACCUGCUGAGGCUCAUUCAGCUGCAGGACGCCAGCCUGCUGGAGGGUCGAGUGACUCUGCGUCAAGUCAAACCCGGGUCUUUGGUGGCAAAGCAAGGCGACCAGGACGUGAGCAUGCAGUUCGUGAUCUCGGGCCUGCUGCACGUGUACCAGCGCAUGAUCGACCGCGAGGAGGACACGUGUCUCUUUGUGACGCACCCGGGAGAGAUGGUGGGCCAGCUCGCCGUCCUCACGGGAGAGCCGCUCAUCUUCAGUGUCCGCGCGCACCGCGACUGCACCUUCCUCUGCAUCUCCAAGACACACUUCUACGAGAUCAUGCGUGCGGAGCCCAGGGUGGUGCUGAGCGUGGCCCACACGGUGGUUCGCAGGAUGUCCCCCUUCGUCCGCCAAAUCGAUUUUGCCAUCGACUGGAUGGCCGUGGAGGCAGGCCGUGCCAUUUACAGACAGGAGGACAAGUCAGACAGCACCUACAUUGUCCUCAGCGGACGCCUGCGCUCUGUCAUUUUGAAGGACGACGGGAAGAAGGAGCUCAUAGGAGAGUAUGGACGUGGAGACCUCAUCGGGGUGGUGGAGGCCCUGGCCCACCAGAACCGAGCCACAACGGUGCACGCGGUCCGAGACUCCGAGUUAGCCAAGUUCCCAGAGGGAGCUCUCAGCUCCAUCAAGAGGAGAUACCCACAGGUUGUAACGCGGUUGAUCCACCUCCUUGGUCAGAAGAUCUUGGGCAACCUGCAGCAAGUUAAUGAGCCAUUGACAGGAGGCCUGGGUCUGCGCACCCCGGUUAGUAAAUGGGACGUGGGAAACCCGGCCUCCAACCUGUCCACCGUCUCCAUCCUGCCCGUGUCGGAAGAGGUGCCCCUAACUGCCUUCACGCUGGAGCUUCAGCACGCCCUGAGCGCCAUAGGCCCCACCCAGCUCCUCACCAGUGACAUCAUCAAGCAGCGCCUGGGGUCUGCUGCGCUGGACAGUGUACAUGAGUACCGUCUCUCUAGCUGGCUCGGCCACCAGGAGGACAUCCAUCGCAUAGUGUUGUACCAGUCGGACAUGACCCUCACGCCCUGGACCCAGCGCUGUAUCCGCCAGGCGGACUGCAUCAUCAUUGUGGGCCUGGGAGAGCAGGAGCCCACUGUGGGGGAGCUGGAGCGCAUGCUGGAGGUCGGCGCCGUGCGGGCCCAGAAGCAGCUCGUCCUGCUGCACCGCGAGGACGGGCCGCCCCCCCAGGGCACCGUGGAGUGGCUCAACAUGCGCAGCUGGCUCUCCAGGCACCUGCACCUGUCCUGCCCCCGCCGGGUCUUCUCCAGGAGGAGCCUGCCCAAGCUGAUCGAGAUGUACCGGCGUGUGUUCGAAAAGCCUCCCGACCGGCACUCGGACUUCUCCCGCCUGGCCCGAGUCCUCACGGGGAACGCCAUCGCGCUGGUGCUGGGAGGGGGCGGAGCCAGAGGGUGCUCCCAGGUGGGGGUCCUGAGGGCCUUGACCGAAGCGGGAAUUCCUGCGGAUCUGGUGGGCGGCACUUCCAUCGGCUCCCUGAUGGGGGCGCUGUACGCCGAGGACCGGAGCAGCAGUCGCAUGCGGGUCAGGGCUCGGGAGUGGUCCAAGGAGAUGACAUCGGUGUUCAAGAAGGUUCUAGACCUGACCUACCCAGUCACCUCCAUGUUCUCCGGAGCUGCUUUCAACUCCAGCAUCGGCGGCGUCUUCAAGGACAAGCAGAUUGAGGACCUGUGGAUCCCUUACUUCACCAUCACCACCGACAUCACUGCCUCGGCCAUGAGAGUCCACACGGACGGGUCCCUGUGGAGGUAUGUCCGGGCGAGCAUGUCCCUGUCGGGGUACCUGCCCCCUCUGUGCGACCCCAAGGACGGACACCUGCUCAUGGAUGGCGGUUACAUUAACAACUUACCAGCGGAUGUCGCCCGCUCCAUGGGAGCAAAGGUGGUCAUCGCCGUCGACGUGGGCAACCAGGGCGAGACGGACCUCACGAAUUACGGCGACUCCCUGUCGGGAUGGUGGUUGCUGUGGAGACGACUCAACCCCCUGGCAGAGCGAGUGAAGGUUCUGAACAUGGACGAGAUCCAGACCCGCCUCGCCUACGUGUGCUGCGUGCGGCAGCUGGAAUCGGUGAAGAACAGCGACUACUGCGAGUACAUCCGGCCGCCCAUCGACCGCUACGGCACGCUGGACUUUGGCAAGUUCGACGAGAUUGCCGAAGUGGGCUACCAGCACGGGAAGACCGUGUUCGACGUGUGGCGUCGCAGCGGGGUAAUGGACAAGAUGCUGAAGGACAGACACCACGAGCACCACAACACCAAGAGCAGCCACGUGGUGACAUGUCCCAAUGCCUCCUUCACCGACCUGGCGGAGAUCGUGUCCCGAAUCGAGCCGGUCAAACAGCCUCUUGAGGAAGAGGAGUCGGACUACCAAACAGACUACGAGGAAGAGCUGGUUGAGAGCGCGCCGUCGGACUUUGAGCUGUACAACCAGGACAGCGAACACACCGAGGAGGACACGGCGGACACAGAUGAAGAAGUGGAGAUGAGGCGUGGGGGUCGAAGCCUCUGAUCAGUCCUCAGCCCCGCUGGACAUCGCUUCAAAAACAGUACUGGAAAUGGCUCUUAUUUCCCACUUUGCAGUGUUUUAUGAUAUUUUUGGGGAAUUUCCAGUAACGAGAGCAGAAAAUAUCAAAUUUUCAGUUUUUUUUUUUUUUUUUUUUUUUUUUUUUUUUUUUUUUUUUAGAAUUACUUAAGUUUCCAAAAGUUGAGUUGACAAGAAUUAGAAGCAGAAGCAGAUCGAUGGCAAACUGUGAACCUCAGCAAGUCCAUUGAAAGUGCCAGACGUCACACCGCUUACACAACAGGCUGAUGAAGACGCGCGCACACACACACGGACACACACAGACACACACGGACACACACGCACGAGCACGCAGAGGACGAGCAGUACGCCUCACUGCAACACGUACGCAGAAACACUUUGUCUCCGGGACGACUUCUUUUUUAAUCUUUGGCAUCUUUCAGCUGAACGAGAGGAGGGUUUUGAGCCUUCCCAUGGUGCUUUGGGAUGCAGCGUGAAAUCAGAAGUGUCAAAGAAAAUGAUUUGCGCAGACAGCGCCAGUAUAUCACACACUGACACUUCCUGGGUGACUCGCGCUUUAGAUGGACGCGUCCAAACGCGGUGUGACACGCACACACAUGCACACAAAACUUUGUCAGAUAAGCGGAUCAAUGCAAGACUUUAUAUAUAAAACAUAAUGUACAUAUGCAGUACUGUGCAAAGCUUUUAGGCGCUUGGGGAGAAAAGCUGUAAAGUGAGAUUGCUUCCAAAAAUAAGGCU